UGAAUCAUAACCUCAAUAUGUUAAAGAUGUAAACAACGAACAUUGUGAUCAUCCCAUUUGAAAAGGUCAAGAUAGAAAAAAAUGUCAAAAGUUUGUAACAAUCACCUGAGCAUUGUUUUUUUUGUAACUGAUGACAGGUUUAUUGGAUGAUUAAUAAAUACCUUUGCCUACUGCCAAAGCUCAUUCGAGUUUAAAUCAUUUGUCUUUGUGAAAUAUUAAAACCUGUGGUGAAGUAACAGCACAUAGGUUCAUUUGCUCGAUUUGAAAUAGGAUCCUUUCCUCUAAUAAAUCAAGGAAUUUUUGGCAUAUUUCCACAAUCGUAUUUUAUAUUAUUUCUUUUGCUAAGGAAUUGGAUUAUUUCCAUCUAGUGGGUUUUAUUAUAAUUUGGAUACCAUUAAUAAAUCUGACCACUAGCUAGAACAAUACGUAAAUUUAGUGAGUGAUAGCGUUGGAAAAAUAAGAUGUCAAAAAACUUAGCAGUGUUUGAUUUUGACCAUACUAUCAUCCAUGAAAAUUCUGAUGUAGCGGUUAUGAACUUGAUUGACCCAAAAAAAAUCCCAAAAGAGAUAAAAUUGCUACACAGAUCGGACGGAUGGACUGCUUUCAUGCAAGGCGUUUUUGAAACUCUACACAAGCACAAAAUCAAAGAGGAAAACAUAAGAAAACUCGUGGAGACCCUGCAAGAAGUAAAAGGCAUGAGAGAAUUGAUAAAAGAACUUCAUGAAAACCUGAACUAUGAUGUGAUCAUCAUCAGCGAUUCAAAUUCCUACUUCAUUAACACUUGGCUCGAUGCUAAUGAUAUGAAGAAGUACAUAACUGGAGUGUUUACAAAUCCAGCACAUUUCGAAAAUGAUCUACUGAAAAUCAGUAUGUAUCAUCUGCAAGAGUCUUGCAAGCUUAGCACAAGAAACUUAUGCAAGGGACAAAUCAUGGAGGAGUUCCUCAAAGAACAACAAGAAAGAGGAUUGCCAUACGAACGAGUUUUGUACUGUGGGGAUGGGCUCAAUGACUUUUGCCCGAUACUAAGGCUAGGGGAGGGAGAUUUAGCUUGUGUUCGAGCUGAAUAUAAAUGUGCCGAGAUCGUUGCAAAAGCAAAAGAUGGAUCAUAUAAGGAUGAAGAAGGCAAAAGUAGAGAUGUAAAGUCAGAUGUGUUUGUUUGGAAUGACGGAUAUGAAAUUAUUAAUUAUAUCAAGCAGAAUGAAGUCUAGAUGUUCAUUGAAAUAGUUGAUGAUGUCAACAAAUUGAUACGCAAGCAGUAUUAAAAACGUCAAUUAUAUA